AUAACCCACCUCCCUAAACUGGUUAAUGGUGAUAUGGAAGAUCCAUUUGAAGAAGCAGGCCAGUCCACCACAGACCAGGGCAUGGUCAUGGAUUUUGUGGAAACAGGAGAUACAACGCCUCCCACCAAAAGGAAGAGCAAGUUCUCAGGCUUUGGCAAGAUCUUCAAGCCCUGGAAAUGGAGGAAAAAAAAAAGUAGCGAUAAAUUCAAAGAGACUUCAGAAGUUUUAGAGCGAAAAAUAUCUAUGCGAAAACCAAGGGAAGAGCUGGUUAAACGAGGGGUUCUAUUGGAAGACCCUGAGCAAGAUGGUGAGGAUCCAGGAAAGUCAAGUCAUGCCAUGUUAAAGAAUGGCCAUACCACCCCAAUAGGGAGUGCCAGAUCUUCUAGUCCAAUCCAAGUAGAGGAAGAGCCAGUAAGAACAAGUCUUAGGAAACUUAUUCCAGAAGAGGACACAAAGAAGCGACUAGGAUCAACCGGAAGCCAGUCUAAUUCUGAAGCAGGGUCUGUUCCUGAGAAUGUACCCAAACAACCUUUACUUCCCCCCAAAAGACCCUUGUCCUCUUCUCAUGAAGCAAGUGAAGGGCAAGCAAGGGAUGCCACUUCUGGCAGCACGGCAAGGUUCAUCUCCUCCACCUCUGCCUCCUCCACCACCACAGCACCUGCUGCCACCACUGCUGCCACAAACCUAGCAAAGACUGUUAAUUCCUCUGUCACCCCUUCCCCAGCACCCAGGACUCUGCCUCCUGCUCCUGCCAGCACUAACACUACUGCUACCCCAAGCCUCACUCAUAUGGUCCCUGCCAAGCAGCCCCCUAUCCCUCCCCCUAAACCAGCUCAGAGAAAUAGCAACCCUGUCAUUGCUGAACUGUCCCACGCAGUAAACAGUGGUACAUUGUUAUCAAAACCAUCCCCGCCCUUACCACCUAAGAGAGGCAUUCCAUCAACCUUGGUACCCACCUCGGAAUCUGCUGCUACCGUCACCACAAAAACACCAAGUGAUCAAAGAGAGAAGAGCACAUGCUCUGUGGGCUCUGAACCACCGCUGAUAAUCCCUCCUUCCUCUCCAUCCCCUCCACUGCCUACUCAUAUACCUCCAGAGCCUCCCCGGUCCCCUUCAUUCCCUGCUAAGACUUUUCAAGUUGUGCCAGAAAUUGAGUUUUCACCUUCCUUAGAUCAACCCCAGGAGGUUCCCCAACAGGAAGAUCAGAAAAAGGAAGUCCCUAAGAAGAUAUUGGACCAGAGCUGUGGGGAGCCCCAUGUACCCUCUAGGCUGCCCCCACUCCCACUGCAUGUUCGGAUCCAGCAGGCCCUGACCAGCCCACUUCCCAUGACUCCUCCUUUGGAGGGCUCUCACAGAGCUCAUUCAUUGCUCUUCGAGAACAGUGACAACUUUUCUGAGGACAGCAGUACCCUUGGUCGGACCAGAUCACUUCCUAUCACUAUUGAAAUGCUGAAAGUUCCAGAUGAUGAAGAAGAAGAGCAAACCUGCCCAUCGGCAUUCAGUGAAGACGUGAUAUCUACCUCAGUCGUCCCUAAACUACCGCAGUAUCUGCAGGAGGAAGAGGAAGAGAAGGAGAGUGACUCUGAUUCAGAGGGUCCCAUUCAGUACCGAGAUGAAGAGGAUGAAGAUGACAGCCAUCAGAGUGCUCUGGCCAACAAAGUGAAGAGAAAAGACACAUUGGCAAUGAAGUUGAACAACAGACCCAGUGAACCAGAAUUGAAUCUGAAUUCUUGGCCUCAUAAAAGCAAGGAGGAGUGGAAUGAAAUACGGCACCAGAUUGGAAACACACUAAUCCGGAGACUGAGUCAAAGACCAACACCAGAAGAACUAGAACAACGAAAUAUACUGCAACCUAAAAAUGAAGCUGAUCGUCAGGCAGAAAAACGAGAGAUUAAACGUCGGCUGACUAGAAAGCUCAGUCAAAGGCCAACUGUGGCUGAGCUACUUGCCAGGAAGAUUCUGAGGUUUAAUGAAUAUGUCGAGGUAACAGAUGCUCAAGAUUAUGACCGGCGAGCUGACAAGCCUUGGACCAAACUGACCCCUGCUGACAAGGCUGCCAUAAGAAAAGAAUUAAAUGAAUUUAAAAGCUCAGAGAUGGAGGUUCAUGAAGAGAGCAAACAUUUUACCCGCUACCAUCGUCCAUGAUGCUGAUGUUGGAGAGAGAAACUAAACCCCAAAACAGGGCUGCUUUGCUGCUUCAGUCUCCAGAGUGACACAUGGAGGGAGCUUAGCACUUCCUAGCACAGCUAGAAUUGUGUCCUCUAGGAUCUAGUUCUGGAAUGAACAGCACUUCUACGAAUGUAGCAUUUCACUGGAACGGAUUCUCAUGCACUGCCCCUGGGGCAAAACCGAACACUUCAUCAGUGCUUUUGAACCUUUUGACAUUGCAGCAUACUUGGGUUUUCCCUCACUAGCCACCAAAGGCUGGGCCACUUGCAGGUUCCAGGUUUUAUUUGCUGCACCACACCCUUACCCCAAGAUGACUGCCUAUGCUGAAGGACAUUAGCACCAUUAGCCUUAUCUGUCCUGCCCUUGUUGUGAGAACUUCUGUAGGCACUAAAUUCCAGCCAUCAAAUCCAGUUGGUGGUGGGGAAAUUUUCUGGACACCCCCAACCUUCUGGCAAAGUGGUCCCCACCUCCAGGGAAAGCCUUCAUGCCACACUGGCAUGUCAAUUGAAAGCAUUGCACUGUACCUCUUGUAACACAGCAAUAUAGUCUUCAGGCACUUGAGCCUGAGAGGAAGCUCAGGAUAUGACAUGUUCCUCUUUUUUGGCACAAGUCAUUCCUGAUUUUUAUUAAAAAAUGAUCUGAAGAAGUCAUGGGAACAUAUCUUUUUCCUGUCUAUUAAACAAUCUGAGCUGCAGCCAGAAUCGAAGUUGGUUAAAUGAGAAAGCAUGUAUAUUUUCUAAAUGCUUGUGCGCCACAUACCACAUAUACAACAGCUAUUCCAUAAGAUUAUAAUGGCUAUACAAUAUAGCCUAGGUGUGUAGUAAGUAGGCUAUACCAUCU